GAUGGGAAUACCGAGGACCAUGACGCGCGGACAGUGGUAGGACAGUGGCGCUGAACCUGCGCGCUAGAGACGCGCUUUAUCUCAUGGACCAUCCUCUCAUGUUCGCUUCGAAUCGGAAAACAACAUACAAGCUUCCGCCAGCUCAAGUUAUUACUACUUCUAGCUCUCAACAAGCAAGGCGAGAAAAGGCAUUGGAAGAUCAAAAACGAAGGCGUGCUCAGAAAGUCGAUCUCUCAAGACAACUCGAUGGAUUCGCCGACUUGAACUUGGCUGCAUCUGACGAUGAAGGCGAAGAAGAGACAGACGGAGAUGGUGUGAGGGUAGCUCACGGAGGGGUUGCAUCAUUCACAUCUGCAUUCGAGGCCACUCAGCCUUGCUCUAUUCCACCUAUGCCUUUAUCGGCUCUACUAGAGUCGAAGCAAAGUACAGCCUCUGGUGGACCCCUCAAUACGAAGAAGAAAGGGAAAAGGAAACGUACAACACGAGUAGGAGGAAAGAGCGAUCGAAAUCAGAAGUGGGCCGACAAAUGCAUGUAUGCAGAACUCCUUGAAAUGAACGAUGUCGAUACAUGGGUGCAAAGCCAACGAGCUGAUGACGGCUUACCUGAUGAUCUAGAAACAGGAUGGGUCGCAGUUGGACCCGUUCCUGUUGGCAAACGAUGCCUCGCGAUCUCCCGGGAUUCUUCUGGCAAUGGUGUAGAACCGAAUACAAUGCUCCGUUCCCGGCUCCUCGGAAAGCCUCUACUCCCUUGGUUUCCCUCAAAUCUCCCACCCCAUACAGUGUUGGACUGUAUAUUGGAUGAAAACUGGAAAGAUAACGGAAUUCUGCAUGUUUUAGACGUGCUGCAAUGGAAGGGUCGUGACAUAGCGGAUUGCGAAACACCAUUUAGGUUCUGGUGGCGAGAUACACGCGUAACGGAACUUCCACCCUUACCACCUCCAACCUCGGCCACUCCAGCGUCGUCGUCGACCAGUACUGGCGGUGUUCAAUCAUAUCACUUCCCCUAUCCAACCACGCUUCUACCGAUUCCCUACAACAUUGACACAUCUUUUCCCUCUCUGCUCCAGUCGAUAAUCCCCGCGGCUCGCUUAACCCGACCUGUGGAGAUUGUUAUCCCCGAAAACCCCAACUCUCACAUACAAACAGACAAUUAUCAACGGUCGUUCAUUACUUUCAAAACGGACAUUGCCUCCGAUGGCUUGUUGCUGUACGUAGCCGAGGCAUGUUACGAGUCUGGCACCAAUCCUUUGAGCAGCUGGAUACCAGCGCGAAAUUAUGAGGUUCCCGGGAGUGGCGCUAUGCAAACUACUUUCGAUUCACUCGGCCCGCUGGAUACAUUCGAGAAACUCGUUCGUCGACGCGUAGAACAGAAAGGAUCAUCGACAGAGGAUACUGAGAUGACGUAGGCGUAUGCUACUACGUAUACAUACAUCGAACUUGGUGACUUGGUACAUGUUGUCGCAGUUUUACAUCCAUGAAUCCACGCAUCGAUAGCCAUCCUGCAAAUUCCGUCGCUC